UAACACCGUCAUAAUAUUUUUCCUAAAUCCUAAUCCAACAACUUUAAUUAAUCAUAAUUAGCGUUUGAAUAAAUAAUCGUUUCCUUCCCAUAAUACACAUCCUUUACGUCGCUAGCUCAAAACGCAUCACAUCACUUUGCUUCCCUUCCUCCUUCCCUCUCCGGGUUAGUGACAAGGAGUGGGGAAGAUAAUAUUAUCCUACUGAUGGUAGGACCAAAUUCAAAUGGGAAUUUAGAGGGGAAGAAUAGUAUGGAGAAUGAGCUUCAGUUAUUGCUACUAAGACAGCAACAUGGCCGUAAUUUUGGCGGCGUAAGGGAGAGUGGAGAUUUGAACAUAAUUAAUAGAAGUGGCAGUGCUCCACCUACUGUAGAAGGAGCAUUUAGUUCAAUUGGAGGUUUGUUUAGAAAUCCCAAUUUUCAACAGUUUAGUGAUAAUGGCAAUAGUAGUAAUGCAAUCUUGACGGAAGAUGAAAUUCGAUCACACCUGGCAUACUUAUCGUAUUAUUAUUCACACGAGAACGUUAAUCCAAGGUUGCCCCCGCCAUUGUUGUCUCGAGAGGAUUGGAGAGUUGCUCAGAGGGUUCAAGCAGGAGGAAGUGCAUUAGGUGAGGUUGAGGGAUGGAGAAGAAAGAAUUUGACGGAUGAAGGUGGUAGUUCAUCCUUGUUCACAAUGCAGCCUGGUCGGGCAGAAGAUGAAUUGAUAAUGUUGAGGAAUGCUGCUAGCUUGACAGGAGAACUAAGCUCUGGCUUGGGUGUUAGGAGAAAGAGUUUCGCAGACAUAGUUCAGGAAGGACUUGACCGAAGUGCAUCCCCAUCAAAUCAUCUAGCACAUUCAGCAACCACAGAAUCUACAGAGGCAUCACAUACUGGCAAAGCUCCCCCGGGCUUUUCUGGAGUUAAAAAAGUUCAGAAUCCCAAGCCAUAUAGCCCUAAUUCUUUUUCACCUGCCAUCGAUCCAUCUUUGAGAAGAAGUAUUCCUAGCUCAAAGGGACCUAAUGGUCUUUCAUCCGGGAUGAGUGCAGUUGCUAAUACUACUGUCUCUUUCUCCGGCUUAAAACUUCAUUGUGAUGAUAACCUGCGGCUUCAAAGGAACGUACCAAAUGGUCAUAGUCAGAGUUUGCAACAACAGUUAAUUGAAAAGUCUGGAGCUGAAAAAUUGGCUGCUAUAACUAGUAUUUCUGAUAUUGCAAGGAAUAAAAGAGUUGUAAAUGACCUUAGUGCUUCUACCUUUGACCUUAAUGCACAUAUGAAUUCCCUUAGGGCACCUUCUUCUAACAUUCUUCAAUCCCAGCUGAAUUCUUCUGAGUUUGCCCGUCAAAAAGAUUCUAAAGCCCUGCAGCAAGUUGAUUAUACUGGAUAUGUACCUGGUGGAUAUGUGUAUAAGCAGAAGAUGGAGGCAUUGAAUAGCAAUCUAGGUUUUAGUUUAAAUGAUGUCGGGGGGAAUGGUCGGCAUUCGAGGAGUGAAAGCAAGGAUCUUGAAAAAUUGUAUCUUGAGACAUUGCUUGCUCAAGAGGAGCAACAACUUCAAUCAUCCCUUAUACCAAAUUAUGGCAGCUUAAGUGAUUGUUAUUAUGGGAAUCAUGCUUUUGGCACUGGUAUACCAUGUCAAGGGAAUAAGAUGGCAAAUUCUUUACACUUGACAGUUGGAUCUAGAAGUCAUAUGUACCAGAAUGAUCCGCUCCGCCAGAUUCCUUCUGUCUUAAGUAAUUCCAUUGAGGAAUCUGCUUUUUCAUGGCAUUCAAAGAUCGUUGCUGACAUGGAUGGAAGGUUUGCACCGUCUCUACUCGACGAUCUCAAGAACAAGAAUAGGUCCUUGGAACUUAUGGAUGUUGUUGAUCAUGUUGUAGAAUUCAGCACCGAUCAGCACGGGAGUCGAUUUAUUCAACAGAAGCUGGAAACUGCUAGUGUCGAAGAAAAGAUGAAGAUAUUCCUGGAAAUUCUUUCUCAUGCUCAUAGUCUAAUGACUGAUGUCUUUGGCAAUUAUGUUAUACAAAAGUUUCUUGAGCAUGGCACAGAGAGUCAAAGAAAGGAAUUAGCGAGCCAACUUAUUGGUCACGUUUUGCCUCUGAGUCUACAUAUGUAUGGUUGCAGAGUAAUUCAGAAGGCUUUGGAGGUCACUGAUGUGGAACUGCAGAGUCAAAUGGUUACAGAGUUAGAUGGCUCUGUAAUGAAAUGUGUUCGUGAUCAGAAUGGUAAUCAUGUUAUCCAGAAGUGCAUAGAAUGUGUUCCGCAAGAUCAAAUCCGCUUUAUUACAGCAUCCUUCUUUGGGCAUGUUGUGUCUCUAUCUACUCAUCCCUAUGGCUGCCGUGUAAUUCAGAGAAUCCUUGAGCACUGUGAUGACCCGGCGACGCAACAGAUUAUCAUGACUGAAAUACUGCGGGCUGUAUGUACUUUAGUGCUGGAUCAAUACGGGAACUAUGUCGUUCAGCAUGUGCUGCAACAUGGUAAACCACAUGAGAGGUCUACUAUAAUAACCAAGCUUACUGGACAAAUUGUGAGGAUGAGUCAGCAUAAAUUUGCUUCUAAUGUCGUCGAGAAGUGCUUGGUAUUUGCCAGUCCAGAGGAACGUCAGAUCCUUGUGAAUGAAAUGCUUGGUUUGACUGAUGAAAAUGAGCCUCUACAGGCUAUGAUGAAGGAUCCGUUUGGAAACUAUGUUGUGCAGAAGGUUCUUGAGACCUGUGAUGAUCAAAGCCGUGAAUUAAUUCUUUCUCGCAUUAGAGUACACCUUAAUGCUCUCAAGAAGUACACUUAUGGCAAACAUAUCGUAUCUCGUGUUGAGAAGCUCAUAGCAACAGGAGAGAAACACAUAGCUUUAUCGUUGAAUCCUUCUCGAGGCAAUCCAGUUUUGAAGAAUUGAAGUUACUACUUAUUGUGCACAGCUUACAAACAUGGUGGUGUCUUGACUUCUAAAAUGAUCUUUUUUCGGCAUUUGCUUUUAUGGGAGGCUGAUAUUAGUUUUAGUUGUAAAUAAGCAGCAUUCCGAUUAAUGCUUCUGCCUGAAUAAGACUCUACCUUUCUUAAUGUAAAUACCACUGUAAGUAUUUGCAUGAAGAGAGAGGGCCGUGGCGGUUCUGUCAUUUUUUGCUGUAAAGAUUUACGUUUGUCUUAAUAACUGUAAAUAAAAAGUGAGUGUUAAAUUUUGAUGGUCAAUAGUCACUACUA